AGUGGGGACAGCCGGGGAUUUGUGGAGAGCCCGUGGAAACUAUCAAGUGCGCUUUUGUCUUUUUUCUCUUUGAUCAGCAUAAACGACGAAGCAGCCUCCUAAUGCCGUGGAACUAUUUUGGAUGUUUACUCUAACAGGGACUAAAAAUGCUUCUGACCAAAUAGGUUCGGACUAAAAUCUCUAUUCGGCCCCUUGGGACGCAUGAGGACCUGGACUUAUAUUUGUUUCACAUUACAGGAUUAUUACAGGUUUGUCCGGUUAAAUGCAGAAGGUGUACACUUGAUAUUAACCAAUUUGGACUGUCACACCAAAUAAAAGAGUACGGACUUUCUCAAAUGAAAGAUUUCUCUACCGUGACAGCUGCGGAUCGGAUAAGUGAGCGGAGCGAGAUUCCAGAGUCCCCUCAUGGAAUAAACUCUAGUCCGGGAGCUGUAGCAUUUUUGUUGACCCCCUCAGAUCCAGCUCGCCAAGCGAAGCGACUUCCCAUUCGAGUUCUCAAAAUGUUGACUGCGCACACUGGCCACUUGCUGCACCCGGAAUAUUUACAACCACUUACGUCUGCGCCCGUGAGCAUCGAGCUGGAUGCCAAGAAGAGUCCAUUAGCCCUUCUUGCACAGACAUGUUCUCAGAUUGGAAAGUCAGAUGCUCCAUCAUCUAAGAUGGGCUCCUCCUGCAGCCAGGGCGACAAGGAGUCCAGUAGCCGCUCAUCCAUUUCCAGCUUAAAGUUGAGUGAGCAUCGGCCCUCACUGGAGGAUAAAUCCAGCUUCAAGCCCUAUAACAAAGGCAGCGGGGAAAGCCGGAGGGACAGCAGCACUGCCCCCAAUGGCACCUCAGACAAAGUGGGUUUUCGGGUCCCUAGCACUAAUGCUAGUACUAACAUGAACUCAUCCAGCAGCCAGCCAUCAUACUCGGCCCACCCCCAGUCUCCUGCCUCCAGGCUGAGCAGCAGCACCUCUCCAGGACAGACUCAGCAAACAACUCACAAAAGUAGCCAGUCUCCCAGUGGACAGCAGCCCCCUCUCCACACCCAAAGCCACAGUGGAGACAGUGCACCUGAACAGGGCAGCCCCACCAGCACUAGCACCAAUGCUUUCCCUAAAAAAGACAAUGAAGGAAGUAGAACCACUGCAGACAGCCCACACCUUGCAAACUCCAGCCAAGUCCGUGCCAGUACGAACAGCAGCAACAGUAGUUCAGAGGGCCCCUCCAACCCUGAUGGAGGCAAAACAGAGGCAGCUCAGUCAACCGUGGGGCCUGGACAUAUCAGACCAAUCUCUCCAUACAAGAGCCAGCCUAUUUUCCCUCUGUCUGGGUCCAACAUGGGAUACCAUGGAUCAGUUGUGGGUGCGUAUACUGGCUAUCAAUCCCAGUUUGGUCCUGGUCUAGACCCCAAGUCCGGCCUGAGUGUUGGGAGCAUGGUUGUCCCGGGAAAACACCCAAACUCCAGCCCUCUCACUGGAGCCUCACCCCCUUCCUUUAUGCAGGGCUUGUGCAGGGACCCGUAUUGUCUCAGUUAUCCUGGAAUGUCCCAUCUUGGAGGAAGCAACUGCAACCCUUGCAUUCAUGACCCCUCAUCCACUUUAAAGUCCACUUUUCCACUGGUGUACCCCUCACACCCUCUGCACUCUCUCCACCCCAGCUCUCUGUCAUCCACAUCUUCCCUGUCUCACCCCCUGUACUCCUACAGCUUUAUGCUCUCAAACGACCCCCUGCCUCAUGCGUGUAACUGGGUUUCUGCCGGUGGACCGUGUGACAAGCGCUUUGCUACAUCAGAAGAGCUGCUGUCUCAUUUACGCACACACACAGCUCUUCCUGUGGGGGUGGACAGUAAACUCCUCUCUGCUUCCUCCUCUGGACCAGCCUCCUGUCACCUACACCUCCCACACCAAAGCAGCUCGGGCUCCAUGGCCAGCUCUCUGUCUCUGAGGGCCCCACCCAGUCUGGGUCUGUCCCGGUACCACCCCUACAGUAAAGUCCACCUUCCCCCUGGACCUCCAUCACUCUCACUGCACUCACUGCCCACCACCGGACCUUACUACCCGCCCUAUGCUCUCUAUGGACAGAGACUUGGAUCUGCUUCAUCCCUGGGAUACCAGUGAUGCCCGCUCUAUGUGGUUGUGUGUACAACAGAAACUUUGAAACACUUGCUUUCUUUGUUCAGGCCGAAGGCUACUUCUAACAUUGAACACAAAUCCUGCCUGUCAGCGCAUUUCUCAAUAAUGAGCUGUGACUGUCCCUCUGGCAAUGAUGAAUAUAAUGGCUCUAGGUAAUAAAGGUUCAUACAAGUAAAUAGCAACUACAGUAAAGAAAUGAAGUAUGUCAAUAAUGGGGAGAGUUUUGGUUAUGUGCUGCCAUAGGUCAGUUCACUUCUACAAUAAGGCUUGCAUGUACACCCGCAGCAUUAGAGACCCUGCUUUGAUUUGCAAUAGCUAAUUUUCAGUUAUUUUCUACAGAAAUCCUGUAUUUAUUUUCCAUACAACCUGACACUCUGUUUACUAUUUACUCUGUUCUGGAUUUACGAAAAGCCAGUUACAUUGUGUUUUGAAACACAUUUCUGAAUGUCCUAAUCAGAUCUCUGACUACAUUUAGAUUUUUUUUCUUUGUAAAAUUUGUGACACCUCAUGGUGUUAAUAAGUGGGAAAAUGG